GCCGCAGAGGCUGCUGCCCGGCGUGUGGAGGCAGAGCCCACGCGGGAGGCGUGGGUGGGUGCAAGGUCUCGCCUCCCACGGCCACUUCACCAUGGCGGCCCCCGAGCUCUCCGCCCUCUCUGAGCAGUUCACAAGAAUCAAAGAGCUGACGGUGAUACCGGAGAAGGGGCUGGAGGAGGUGGACAGGGUCCCGAGAGUGCAUGACCUGCAGAGCGCUGGUGAGCCUGGGCCCGCAGACAGCCACGAGCCGCUGCAGGCCCUGCCUCUGGAACAGAGGCUGGAGCUGGUGGAGACCCCCGCCGAGGGGCACGAGCACAUCUUCACCCUGCAGGCCGUGCAGUUGGCUUCGGGAGACCUGGAGCUGCUGAGCACAGGCUGGCUGGACGCAGAGCACGUGCAGGAGAUGCAGGAGGCUGAGGGCGGGCUGCCCUCGCUGCUGUGGCUGGAGGAGGGGCCCCAGCAGGGUGCGCCCCAGUGCGUGGCCCUCAGUGUCCAGGAGGAGCUAUCCCCGCUGCAGGAGCUGGAGCGGGUGCAGUUCCACCUGCUGGAGGAGAGCCUGGCGGUGGUCAGGGAAGACCUUCAGCCAGUAGGGAGCCUGCCUGAAAGCUCAGGAUUGACCAAGUUUGAGAAAGGUCAGGAGAAGGACCAGCCCGCGGCUGAACAAGGAGGAGCUCAAAGAGCAGAAAGGCAGUUCUUUCUCGUGGAAGCGUGGCCUGGAGAUGGAGGAAGAGAUGAAAUUGUUCUGACCAUUUCCACCUUGAACGUGGAAGAACAGAUAGAAGAGCCUGCCCUAGGCCAAGCAAAUAUUGAAAACACCAGCUCUGUAAAAAAACAAAGAAAAACAAAGGGAACGAAACAAACCUACCGCUGCGACAUCUGCAUGUUCACCUCUUCGAGAAUCUCCAGCUUGAAUCGCCACAUGAGAAUCCACACCAGCGAGAAGCCCCAUAUGUGCCACCUGUGCCUCAGGACUUUCCGCACCGUCACCCUCCUGCGGAACCACAUCAACACCCACACGGGAACCAGGCCUCAUAAGUGUGCGGACUGCGACAUGGCGUUUGUCACCAGUGGAGAGCUUGUCCGGCACAGGCGCUACAAACACACUCACGAGAAGCCGUUCAAGUGCUCCAUGUGCGCGUAUGCGAGCGUGGAAGCCAGCAAGUUGAAGCGUCACGUCCGCUCACACACGGGCGAGCGUCCCUUCCAGUGCCUGCUCUGCAGCUACGCUAGCAAGGACACCUACAAGCUCAAGCGCCACAUGCGCACACACUCAGGUGAGAAGCCGUAUGAAUGCCACAUCUGCCACGCCCGGUUCACCCAGAGCGGGACCAUGAAGAUGCACAUCCUUCAGAAGCACAGCGAGAACGUGCCCAAGUACCAGUGUCCCCACUGUGACACCCUCAUCGCAAGGAAGAGCGACCUGCGUGUGCAUGUGCGAAACCUGCACACGUACCACGCCACCGAGAUACGGUGCCGCUACUGCCCCGCCGCCUUCCAUGAGCGCUACGCGCUGGUGCAGCACCAGAAGACCCACAAGAACGAGAAGCGGUUCAAGUGCCCGCACUGCAGCUAUGCCAGCAAGCAGGAGCGGCACCUGGUCGUCCACGUCCGCACCCACACUGGAGAGAAGCCCUUUGCCUGCUCGGCCUGCCCCAAGCACUUCCGGCAGAAGACACUUCUGGACGCGCAUGUCAAGAAACACCACGAUUUGGAUAUCAGCCCAGCCGUUCACGAAUGCCCCGUGUGCGGCCGGGGCUUCUCGAGCUGGAGCACCGUGCACAGACACUUGAAGAAGUGUGACUCGGCACCAGGGACAUCGUCUCCUUCGGGAAAAGGAAGACGGACGAGAAAGAGGAAGCAGGAAGCCUCCAGAGCAGCUGGAGAGGAUGACGCCACCGUGGAGGAGGAGCAGUUCCAGGGCGAAGCGGCUCCCAUGGACCACGAAGAAGCCACAGCCGGAAGUGGAUCCCUGGAAGAAGAUCUGACCUGCGAAAUGAUCUUCAACAUGAUGGUUAAGUGACAGGGCUUCGUUUUUCUAGCCUGUAAUUCUUAAAACACGUUAAAAAUUGUAGCAUCUUUGAAACCGGUUCAUGACAAUAGUCACAGUUUUUCCCAAGUUCACAGUAGUAUAUAGGACUGUUUGCCCAUUUGGGGCUAGAAAUUUCUAAUAUUACAGUUUUUAUACAUUAAAAAACUAGCCGGGUAUGAUGGCUCACGCCUAUAAUCCCAGCACUCAGGAGG